AUGUAUGUUACAGGGGACACCAUCACGGCCGUUGUUGACAUUGGCAGCGAAACGGUCAAGACCGGGUAUUCAGACACCUUCUUGCCGACGGUGUUUUGCCCUAGCAUGUCAUGGAAGAACGAAUAUAUAUCUCCUGUGACCAGAUCUGUUGUCAGCGAUGUGGAGUCUUAUCUUAGGACCCUGUGCGACAACAUCCCUUGCGAUGCACAAUCUCUGGUGAUUUCGGAGAAUACCAUGGAGGCAGGAGGGGCGAAGAGGGAGAUCUUGGGGUAUCUUAUGGAGAAGCGGGUGUGCGAGUCUGUUCUAUUUGUCAGGAGCGGGAUUCUUGAUGCCUUUUCGUAUGGAAAGACAACAGGGGUGGUUGUCAGUCUUGGAGGAGGGUCGAGCCAGGUCUGCAGCGUUGUCGAUGGGCUUAUCACGUGCAGAAGACAGCUGGAUGCCGGGGGCCUUGACCUUACGAUGGACUUCAGGAAGGGGCUUACCGACUCUGGGGUUGAUCUGUCGAAGUUUGUCUGUUCCCGGGGGAAUGAGUCUUGGUGUGAGAGAAGGACCGAGUUUGAAAGGAACGAGUUUUCUAGACAUGUCAAGGAGGUAGUUUUGAGCCUGGGUAGCGAGGAUACAGGCGGAAGAUAUGUGCUACCUGAUGGAGAGGUGGUUGAGAUGGAGGAGUGCUGCAAGGCAGCGCUAGGCAAACUUAAAAAGGUUGUGAAGCUGGUUGUUGAGGUUGUUGAGUUGAAUUCAGCGGACAUAAGGCCGCUGCUGAGCGGAAACAUAUUGAUUGGUGGGGGAGUUGGAGGGGCAAGAGGACUUGAAGGGCUUAUUUGCGAGGAACUCGGGAGAGAGCGGCCCCGGUGGAAAGCAAAGGUGAUUGUUGAGAGAAGUCGAUUUAGCACGUUCCAAGGAGGAUCGGUGAUAGGAUCGAUGGGAAGUGCAAAGGGGCUUCACAUUGGAGCCAGGGACUACGAAGAGUAUGGAGAGGGCAUUCUGGAUAGAAAGAAGUGCGAGUGGAUUGUGGAAACUGUAUGA